AUGCAGGAGUGGCUGACGCUUUUCUGUGACGCCCUGCCGGACCGCAACUGUACCCGACCUGCCCCUUGCGAGCCGAUCCAACUCGCCACCUGCGGGAGCCACCUGCCGUACAACACUACGGGGUUUCCGAACAUGCUGGGGCACGGGUCGCAGGCCGAGCUGUUGGCUGACCCCGUGACCUUGAACGACACCGCCCAGCUGAUCGACACCGGCUGUCAUCCCGAGAUCGGGUUCGCCGUCUGCUCUGUCAUGGUUCCAAACUGCCACAAUUCAUUUCCGAUUCCUCCUUGCAAGUCGUUUUGCCGCGAAGUUCGUGAAGCCUGUGAGCCCACCAUGGUCAGUAUGGGCCAAGUCUGGCCGUUUGACUGUGACUCGUUCCCCGACGCUCACCAAGGGAAGUGCUCUUCCCCUUACAACGAGACUGCACGUGCGCUGACGGAAAACCUCAACCAAACAGGCUGUGAACCGAUCCGUUUUCCCCGCUGCUCGGCCUCGGCCCUCCCGUACCGCAGCGCCAGGUUCCCCAGCGCGCUCGGGCUGCCUGACCAGGGGCUUGUUCUGGCCGUGGCGCCGGUGGUGUUCACGGCGAUGGACCUGCUGAAGCUGUCCGAGUGUUCCCCGUACCUAGACACCGUCCUGUGCGCGCUCAUGUACCAAGACUGUCGGACAGACGAACUCAGGCUGCCGUGUGCCUUGAUGUGUCGGGAUAUCAUCUCAUCCUGUGCUGAACCUGUGCUGAAGAUGGUAGGGAUAGACUGGAUACCAGUUCCUGCACUCCUGCCUGCUGUCAACUUUGUCUGUAACAUGCUGCCAGAGGGGGGCUGCAUCCAGCCUGGUAUGGGUGGCAUGGAGAAACCCCACAACACCACAACAACAUGUGAGCCUCUCCAGUUUGACCGCUGUUCGGCCCUUCCCUACUCUCACACCAGCUUCCCUAACUUCUUCGGUCUGGCUGACCAGCAGAUGGCACUGGUCAUUGCUCCGGCCGUGUUCGCAGGGCUGGACCUCCUCAUGCUGACCGGCUGUCACCCACAACUGGACAUCUUCUUCUGCGCACUCUCUUUCCCAGGGUGCACACCAGAGGGAACCAAACUGCCGUGCCGUUCGUUCUGUGAGGAGCUAAUGUUCACCUGUGGAGGCCCGCUCCUGGCCGCGGUCGGGAUGGACUGGGUGGCUUUCGGCUGCUAUCUGCUGCCUGAUGACAACUGUGUUGCAGCUGCCCCACACAACAACACAGCUGAUGUACCACGUAAUAACAACACUGCGUGUGAGCCUAUCCAGUUUGACCGGUGUAUGGGGAUGCCGUACAGCCACGCCCGGUUCCCCGGCAUCUUUGGUCUCCCAGGAAACGACCUUGCCCUGACCUUGGCGCCGGUGAUGUUCGCUGGUCUGGAUGAGAUCCCGGGGGAUCACCCAUACCUGGAGUUCGCCGUCUGCUCCAUGCUGUUCCCACAAUGCACUGCCGACGAGGGAAUCAGACUUCCAUGUCAGUCGUUCUGUGAAGCUGUGCUGGAGUCAUAUCUGGGACCUGUUCUAGGAGAGAUGACAGAUCUAGUCAAGAUGGCCUGCUUCCCUCUGCCUGACAGGGACUGUGUCGGGCCAGCUCCCAGUGAACCUAUUGAGGUUGACCAGUGUAAGAACAUCCUGCCUUACAACACCACCCUGCUGCCUGACCUGAUGGGCCAUGUGUCACAGGCAGCAUUUCUGGGCGACUCAGACACCCUGGGGGCCUUACAGCAGGUCCUGGACAGCGGCUGUCUCCCUGAGGUUGGGCUGGCUGUCUGUUCCUUACUGCUGCCCAAUGCCAUGGGUCCUAUCAAGGUGCCAGUGUGUAAAAGUUUCUGCAGGAGAGUGAAGGCCCACUGUGGAGUCACCAUUGCCAGUCUGGGCCUGGACCUGCCCCUGGACUGUGAGAGUCUCCCAGAUAUCCUCUGUACCUCCCCACAUAACAACACAGUUAACAGUACAGAAUGCGAACCCGUCCGUUUUGCCCGCUGUUCAGUACUGUCGCACGCCCACACCAGGUUCCCCAGUCCGAUCGGCCUGCCGAGUCAGGACUUUGCGCUGGUGGGAGCCCCGGCCGUGUUCGCGGCGCUGGACAUGAUACAUCUGUCAGACUGUCAUCCUCACCUGGACACAUUUGUCUGUUCUCUCAUCUUCCCAGGGUGCAAGGACAGACUUCCGUGUCGUUCUCUUUGCCAAGACAUCGUGACGACCUGCGGGAGGGGGGUAGUUACCAUGGUGAUGGACAUGAUUGACAUGGAGCUGGGGGACAUGAUACUGGACGUCGGACUACAGAUGACAUCACUCGUCUGUAACCAGCUGCCUGAGGAAGACUGCAUGGCCCCAUCUAAGGUGCCAUUAAACAAGACUGGUGGACAUGCCAAGAACAACACUAAAUGCAGUCCAGAGCCGGUACGGUACGGCCGCUGCGGCGUCCUGCUGCACUCCCAGACCAGUUUCCCCAACGCGAUGUUCCUGCCGUCACAGGACUUUGCGCUCUCUGUCGUACCCGCCAUGUUCGGCGCCAUGGACCUCCUCAUGCCCGCACCCUGCCACCCCCACCUGGACGUAAUGGUCUGCUCCAUGUUCUUCCAGGAGUGCUCACCUGAAGGAGUCAGACUGCCGUGUCGUUCCCUGUGUGAGGAGGUACUGUCUGCCUGUGGAGGAGCUGAGCUGGCCCAGGUUGGCCUGGAGUGGGUCAUGUUGGCCUGCUACGCUCUACCGGAGACAGACUGUAUCAGUCCUGGUCCAGCCAACUGGACAGCAUUCAAUGAAACCCUGCGGAAGCUGCAUCAUCAGAACCCGGAUAUGUCCUGGAACCAAACUGACAUGUCCAACCAUACUGAACAUUCGGAAGGCAAUGUGUAUACUAUGUGUAUACUGACAUGUGUAGUAAUUUAUUUCCUUUUUUUUCCUCCAGAAUUUGAGUGUGAACCGAUUUACUACGACCGUUGCGGCGCCCUGCCCUAUCCCCACGCCAUGUUUCCUAACAUCCUCGGCCUGCCGUCUCAAGACUUCAGCAUGUCUAUCGCAUCUUCCAUCUUCACCGGGAUGGACCUCCUCGGACUGUCCGACUGUCACCCUCAGCUGGAGGACGUUGUCUGUUCCCUCUUCUUCCCAAACUGCACCAAGGGAGACUUCAAGCUGCCGUGCAGGUCUGUGUGUCAGGAGAUCAUCACGUCCUGUGGAGGUCCUGUCCUGGGACUACUGGGGCUGGACCAGACCCCGCUGACCGCCACCCUGCCCUGGCUGGCCCUGGCCUGUAUGGCCCUGCCUGACCACAACUGUGUAGCACCAGCACAAUACAGUGGACCACUGGCACCCCCUGUUGCGGCUGCCUUGUACAACAACACAGAAUGUGAACCAAUCAGCUACGACCGCUGCCUGGCCAUGCCGUACUCCACGACCAGGUUUCCCAGCCCGUUCGAUCUCCCGCUGCAUGAGGCAGCGCUGGGCGCGGCGCCGGCCAUAUUCGGAGUUCUGGACAUGCUGAUGUUGUCUGCCUGUCAUCCACACCUGGAGUUCCUGGUGUGCUCACUCGCCUUCCCAAAGUGUGAGGCUGACAGUAUCACUCUGCCCUGCCGUUCCCUGUGUGAGGAGAUAGUAGGUACAUGUGGGAUGUCCCUGCUGGCUGAGAUGGGGAUGGAGUGGGUCAUUCUGGGCUGUUCUGUACUGCCGAACAAGGACUGCAUCAAACCUGACAAAUACACAGGGUCAGCUCAGCUCAACAUGACACUGACUGGUGCAGAGUGUCAGCCCGUGCGACACCCCCGUUGCUCACCGAUGGACUACCCCUACACCUACGCGGCCUUCGGACUGCCGAGUCACGAAUUCCCCCUCGCCAUCGCCUCCGCCAUCUUCACAGGCAUGGACCUGCUCGGCCUGUCUGGUUGUCAUGGGAAUCUGGAUGAUGUCAUCUGUACGCUCUUCUUCCCCAACUGCUCUGCUGAUUGGUUCAAAUUGCCCUGCAGGUCAGUGUGUGAGGAGAUAGUGAGUACCUGUGGAGUACCUGUACUGGGACUGUUGGGGCUGGACCAAUCACCGCUGGCUGCUGUUCUCCCCUUCCUCGCCACUGUCUGCUCAGCUCUGCCAGAUGAGGACUGUGUCGCUUCUGAUGUAUCAAAUGAUCCCAGUGCUCCCUCUGCUGAAAUGAUACUAAUGAUGAGUCUGUAUAACGGCACAGAAUGUGAGCCCGUCCCCAACGAUCGCUGUGCGGCCAUGUACUCCCAGACACGGUUUAUAAACGACAUUGACCGCGGUCUGUCUGCCACGCUGGCGCCGGCACUGUUCGGUACGCUGGAUCUACUGAUGAUGACAGACUGCCACCCCUACAUGGACCUCUUCAUGCUGCCGUGUGCAUCGUUCUGUCAGGAGAUCCUGUCCUCCUGUGUGAGUCAGGCGCUGAACUCCACAGAACUGGAGUUUCUCAUGUUUGCCUGCUAUGCACUGCCUGAACAGGACUGCAUCUCACCAUACCAGCCCAUGUAUAACCAGACAUCAGGGAGCAGGAUGGCAGUCCCACAAAACAGCUCAGAAUGCCAUCCAAUCCGGUUCAGCCAGUGCUCAGCCGGUCUCCCGUACUCCCACACCCGCUUCCCAAACCUGCUCAUGCAGCCUAACCAGGAGUUUGCCGGGGCCACGGCGGCCGUUGUGUUCUCUGUACUGGACAUGCUGGGUCUGUCACACUGUCACCCUGACCUGGAGUCUGUCAUCUGUGCACUGAUGUUUCCUACAUGUCAACCUGAGGGGACGAUGCUGCCAUGCCGUUCCCUGUGUGAAGAAGUCAUCAUGUCCUGUGGAGUCCCAGUGUUAGGACUGGUGGGACUGGAUAACACCCCCCUCCCCACUGUCCUGCCAUGGGUAGCCAUGGUCUGUCUCCCCCUGCCUGAAGACAACUGCAUCACUCCUACUUCCCCUACAAGCCCACCAGCCAUGGCCCCAGGACUGGGACCUAUCCUGUAUAAUAACACAGAAUGUGUUGAUGUUCCAUAUGAACGCUGCUCUGCCCUGCCGUACUCAAAGACCAGGUUCCCGAGCAUGCUGGGAGAUUUCGGACCGCAGCUGGCGUACGGCGUGGUUCCUAACGUGUUUGGGGUCAUCGACCUUCUGCAGAUGUCUCACUGCCAUCCUCAUCUCGAUGUCUUCAUCUGCUCCUUGGCUUUUCCCGAGUGUUCUCCUCAAGGAGUCAAGCUGCCGUGUGCAUCGUUCUGUCAGGAGAUCCUGUCCUCCUGUGUGAGUCAGGCGCUGAACUCCACAGAACUGGAGUUUCUCAUGUUUGCCUGCUUCGCACUGCCGCAGGACAACUGCAUAGCAGCUCCUUCCCAGGAAGAACCAAUGAGGGAAGCUGCUUCAUAUAACAGCACAGAGUGCCAGCCUCUUCGUUACAACCGUUGUUCAUCACUGCCCUACUCCAACACCCAGUUCCCAAACCUGGUCAUGCAGCCAAACCAGGGCUUUGCCAUCGCCUCUGCUCAUGGUGUCUUAUCGAUGCUGGACAUGGUCGGGAUGACGCAGUGUCACCCUCACCUGGAGACCAUCGCCUGUUCAAUGUUCUUCUCUCCCUGUCACCCGCAGGGUUUCAUGUUUCCGUGCCGCUCGUUGUGUGAGGAGAUCGUGACGUCCUGCGGAGGGGCCGUACUCGGUCUGGUGGGUCUGGAAGAGUCGCCGCUCGUAGAGGCUUUGCCGUGGUUGGCUGUCGUCUGUAACGCUCUGCCGGACACAAACUGCAUCAGUGGAGGUUCUUCAGGUGGGCCUGGCCAGGCAAAACCACACAACCACACUGCCUGUGAACCAGUUCAGUAUGACCGUUGUAUGGUGCCAGACGCCCAGACGAUCUUCCCAAAUUUCUUUGCACUGCCGAGUCAAAACUUUGCCCUGGUCGUCACACCUGCCGUCAUGGGCCUCCUGGACAUUCUGCAGGUGUCCAGGUGUCACCCGCACCUGGAUAAACUCCUCUGUUCUCUGUCAUUCAAGCAGUGUACACCUGAUGGAGUCAGGAUGCCUUGCCGCUCGUUCUGUCAGGAGGUGAUUGUGACCUGUGGAGGACCUGAGCUGGAGUUCCUGUCCAUAGUCUGUCACGUUUUUCCAGACAAUAACUGUUACACUCCUGCUCCAUACAACAUGUCUGCUCUACCGGACAUGUCUUCUGGACCGGAUAUGUCUGGUCUACACAACAUGUCUGCACAUGGCAACCGGACUGGACCUCAUGACAUUUGUGAGCCAAUUCGGCACAGUCGCUGCUCUGCCCUGCCGUACUCCCGCGCACAGUUCCCAAACGCACUGGGCUUCCCUGUACAGGAGUUCUCCCUGUCUGUAGUGCAGGCUGUGUUCGAGGUGCUGGACCUGCUCCAGAUGUCCCACUGUCAUCCUGACAUCGACUCUCUGGUCUGUUCUCUCUUCUUCCCAGAGUGCUCACAAGGCAAUGCUAGGUUGCCAUGCCGAUCGUUCUGUCAGGAUGUUGUAGCGACCUGUGGAGGACAGCUGCUGGCCAUCGCUGGGAUUGAGUGGAUCAACGUUGUCUGUAACGUCCUGCCUGAUCAUGACUGCUUCAGCCCAGAGCUACAAUGCGAGCCUGUCCAGUUUGCGCGCUGCCAGGCCUUGCCCUACUCCACGACUCGCUUCCCCAACGUGUUCGGUAUCCCGGAUCAGAACAUGGCGUUGUCGGUGGCGCCGGGCGUGUUUGCUGGACUGGACCUUCUAUCAGGCUGCCAUCCUGACCUGGAGUUCCUCACCUGCUCACUUCUGUUCCAGGAGUGCACAACGGAGAGACUCAGACUGCCCUGCCAGUCUCUAUGUCAGGAUGUAGUUGGCACCUGUGGUCGACUGGUGGACAUGGAAUGGCUGUCAGUCCUGUGUGACGCCCUCCCUAACUACAGCUGCAUUCAGAGCACCGGGCCUUGUGGACAUGAUGAGUUUGCGUGCCACGCCCCCGGAGGAAAUGUUACAUGUAUCGAGGACAGCCUGCAGUGUAACGGUAACUGGGACUGUCCCUUAGGACAAGAUGAGAUUCCAUGUGCGGAAGAAGGGAUGUGUCAGAACUGGGAGUUCUCGUGUGAUUCACUGGUUCUGUCACGGAGGAAGAGAGAUGAUCACAACCACUCCAGCAUGGGGGUGGCAGAGGAAGAGGAGGGAUGGAGAGAAGAGGAGGAGGGGUGGAGAGAUGAGGAGGGGAGAUGGAGAGAUGAGGAAGGAUGGAGGGAGGAGGACCACAGACGCCCUAGGUGUGUGGAUGCUUGGCAGGUGUGUGACGGACGUCCUGACUGUCCUUCUGGAGAAGACGAGUCACCGGAGUACUGUGCUGCCCGUUGUGAGCCAGUGCAGUAUGACUUCUGCGCUAGUCGUGAGGACAGCACUGUGUUCCCUAACCUGGUGGGACACAGGACCCAGCAAGACCUGCUCAACUCAUCAGCAGAAACUACAGCAGUUCUGCAGCAACUACUGGACAGUAACUGUUACCCCAACAUGUCAGCUGUGAUCUGUACGUACAUCACGCCACACUGCCAGGACAGCAGGCUGGUCCCAAUCUGCCGCGGUCUCUGUCAGGACGUCAUACGUCACUGUGCCGCCACAUACCAGAGCAUCAUGGUCCCCAGUGACUGUUCCAUCUUACCUGAGGAGCAGGGUCCAACACCAUGUGUGGCCAUGGAAGGUACACAGUGUAAACCAGACCAGCUGCAGUGCAGAUCACCAGAGGGAAGUCUGUCCUGUAUAAACCAGAACCUGGUGUGUAACGGGAGACCAGACUGUCCACAGGGGGAGGAUGAACAGGACUGUGAAUGUCAGUCCAUCCGGUUUGAUCGUUGCUCUGCCCUGCCGUACUCCAAAACUCGCUUCCCAAACAUCCUGGGUCUGCCCAGUCAGGACCUGGCAGUCCUGGGCGCGUCGGCAGUCUUCACAGCCAUGGACUUCCUCCCCAGGUGCCACCCUCACCUGGACACCUUCUUCUGUUCCGUCUUCUUCCCUGAGUGCUCACCUGGAGACGUCAGGUUGCCAUGUCGCUCCGUGUGCUAUGAUGUCAUCUCGUCCUGUGGCGGCCCGCUCCUCGGCGAGUUUGUCCACUGGGCGACGCUCAUCUGUAACGCCCUGCCUGAGGAGGACUGUAUCUGUCCUGAGUCCAACUGUACGGAGGGGCAGAUGGAAUGCUGGGAUAUGUCAGGAGGACACACCUGUGUGAGUACUGACCUCAGGUGUGAUGGGAAGACAGACUGUCCUCUCGGGGAGGACGAGAUGCACUGUGAAGAACCAGGGUGUGAGGAGGGUGAGUUAGAGUGUUGGACACCAGGCAGGCGUGUUUUGUGUGUGGACCAGGCACGAAUGUGUGACGGAGAAUGGGACUGUCCAUUUGGAGACGACGAAAGGGACUGUGGAACUGGCUCUUGCAUGCCGUUCCCCAAAGACGCAGACUUCUGUUCUCUCGUGACCGGGUACGACCGUGUUUCCUUCCCAAACGUGUUUGGCCAUGGUUCUUUCCAAGCCUCUGAAGAGUUUGAAGAGUUCAUGUUGAUGGCACCCAUGAUUGCAGAGAGUUGCUAUGAGAACAUCUACGCUGCAGCCUGUACCCUGUUCUUCCCAAAGUGUGAGAAUGGUACCAAGGUGGUCCCCUGUAGGAGUGUGUGUGAAGACAUCCAGGCCAGCUGUAGGCAGCACGGCAUCAGACUGCCUGUGUCAUGUGAGCAGUUCCCAGACAUGGCUGAGGAUCACACCUGCACAUCUGGAGACACAAUAGCAGAAACAGGCUGUGUACCUGUGCAGUAUGACCAGUGUGCCAGCCUGGGAUACCAGACCAGGUUCCCUCACCCCUUCCUUGGAUGGGAGACCCAGGAUGUGGCUCUAGGAGAGAUGAGACGGUAUCUUCAGAUCUCCUCCUGUCAUCCAUACUUCAUGGACUAUCUGUGUCAGUUCUUCUUCCCACGGUGUACUCCCAGGGGACCCAGACCCAUGUGUCGCUCCUACUGUUAUGAGCUGUCGGAGGCAUGUUGGAAUGCUGCGGUGGCUGUCGGGAUCCAGUGGGACACACGGGGGUGUGACCUGCUAGACCUGCCUGAGGAAAACUGUAUCAGAUCUCCGUUUGCUGAUGUGAAGCAGUGCAACCCUCGGCAGACGACGUGCCGGCGGGACUGGAACACGACCCACGCGGUGUCGGACCCCGUGUGCCUGGAGCCCGCACAGCUGUGUGACGGGAAACAGGACUGUCCGCUGGGAGAAGACGAGGAGGAUUGUCCUUGUGAACCACAGAUCAGCAGCCAGGCUUCCUCAGUGGCACAGAGUGUUGGACUGGGAAGACUGGGGAACAUCCCAAACCCAGAGAAAUUACAGGAAGUACUGCAACACAAGUGUGAAGGUUGCCAGCCCAUCACCCUGCCCCUGUGCCUGGACAUGCCGUGGAAGGCGACCAGGUUCCCCAACAUGCUGGGCCACCCGGGUCAGCUGACCAUCCAGGCCGACAGGGAUACCGGCAUCCUGCUCAGUAUGCUGGCUAACAGUAAAUGCCAUGACCACAUCCACUUUGCUGUGUGUGCUGCUGUGACUCCAAAGUGUGAGGCCGGGCGUCGGCUGGCCAUCUGCAGGAAGUUCUGUAGAGAAAUCCAGGCAAGUUGUGAGCAUGUCCUGGCUAGUCUGGACCAGCCCUGGCCGUUUGACUGUGCCGGCAUGCCUCUACCUGAGGAGGAUGUCCCCUGUAUCACACCUGAUACUCUUGUGGAUGUUGAUGAGUGCACGACAGGUGCGUACAGGUGCGACCGUAACGCCCGCUGCAGAAACCUGUUUGGUUCCUACACCUGCGACUGUAAGCCUGGGUACGAGAGUACCGCGGUCAACGGAACAGGGUUCCCAGGGGAGUGUAGAGACAUCAAUGAGUGUAAUGCCACGCAGCCGGCUUGUGGGCUACAUGCGGAGUGCCAGAACUUCCCAGGUGGCUUCAGGUGCAGAUGUGACCGCGGGUACGAGAAAAUCAACGCCACUCACUGCACAGACACGGAUGAGUGCAGUCGUGGGCUGAGUGGAUGUUCAAACCUGUGUAACAACACAGUCGGGUCCUACGUCUGUCACUGUCCCCCCUUCUUCAAACUGGACCCACAGGACAACAGGACCUGCAAACCUGCGCUGUCGUGUUCGACCUCUAACCCCUGUUCCCCCGCCGCCGUGUCGACCUGUGCUGUGACAGACGAGGGUUAUCUGUGUGGCUGUCAGGCCGGGUACAGGCUGGAACAGCGCAGCAGGAGACUCUGUAUCAACAUCAAUGAGUGCAGGACAGGAACCAACAACUGUGACCGACAGCUGGCCACCUGUACAGACACCCGCGGUGGUUUCACCUGCGCCUGUAAACCUGGGUACACAGGCACUGGGACUGUAGGGGAGUGUGAAGAUGUUGAUGAGUGCAGGGUGGGAGCAUACAUGUGUGAUGACCAUGCAGACUGUGUGAAUGAGAUCGGCUCCUACACCUGUCAGUGUCAGACUGGGUACAGCAGUGUUUCACACAGGGGGACUGGAUUUCCUGGGGAGUGCAAAGAACAGCGGCUCUUCCCGUACGGCGCAGGAUCGGGACACUUACGUCUGACGUCCCACGCUCGCUGGGGCGGAGUUUCUCCGCUUAUACCUGUUCCCAACGGACUGCCAAUCAGAGGACAGCAACUCGCAAAUUCCAUCUAUGUUUUAGAAGAUGGCGUGAUCGUGGCCACCAGCCUCACGUCUCGCCGUGACAGAGCAGCCAAGAAGAUUUUCCGUCAUCCGACUGUUUCCCAGGCAGCUUUUGACGGUCCUCUCCUGGCUGUGUUCGCACCAUUCUGGGCAGACAGUGCCAUGGGGAGAGGGUACCCUUCUAAGGUCUGGUACUACCCAUACACCCCAGGCACCCCAAACUAUGAUGAGGUUUUCAGCGUGGCGGCAGAAAAUGUAGAGAAACACUUCAGAGUGGAGAACUUCCAGCCUACGUUUGUCCUGAUAGUGACCUGGGAGAACAUGGCCAUGGCAGGAGAGGUCGCCAGAAAUAACAUCAACCUAAAGACCAACACGUUCCAAGCCGCGCUGGUGACAGAUAACGUCCACACGUACCUGGGUACGUACUACGCUGACGGUGGGAUGAGGUGGGACCCUCAGAUCACCCCCGGUAACCUGGUGGGCGGAAAAUGGCCUGCCUUCGUGGGUAUGAUCACCAAGGAUCCCACCGGAGGGGUUUUGGUGGAUGAGGCAGAAGGCUCCAGGACUAAGACUGUGUUUGCCAAUGGUACCAAAGACUGCUCAGGUCCUAACGUGUACUGUAUGGAUGAGAGAGUCUCCCCCACCACUAACCAGACAGGCAUCAGGGUGGUUCAGGUGGACGACAACCCUGCAGACUGGGUCAACCCACGGCUCUGGUGUGCUGACUGGUACAAGAGAGAGCCAGAUCCUUCCAUCUACUCUAGUGUGAUCUCCUGCCCUUUGACCCGAACCCACGCAGACUUGGAUCUCCGGUUCCGCCAACUCACAAACUCCGAGGGCGACAAGCGGAUCUGUUUUGAGCAAAGAGACAACUCAGGAUUUGUUGAUGGAGGGAACAAUGUCUGCUGCUAUCGCCGCUCAAAUGCUUUCAUCUUCAACUCAGUCAAGGCAGGAAAUCUGCACCGAUAUGCAGCGAACACUCAGGAGUACCAGGACUCAGAUGUGUUACCCCGGCAACACUGUUGCCAGGAUACGGGCAGCUCCUACUGUCGGAUGUACCUCAGCAAGCGGCCCAUGCAACACAACGCUGGUUAUGAGCCACCCAAGAUCAGUGCAGGAGCAGGUGACCCUCACCUGACGACCUUGGACGGACUGUCCUACUCGUUCAACGGUUACGGGGAGUACCUCAUGGCCAACACCACCGAUAGCGCCCCCCGGGGUUUCCUCAUGCAGGGCAGGACUGCGCUAGCUGAUGUAGAGGAGGGGAAAACACCACUGGCUACAGUAUUUAGCGCCAUUGCUGUCCAGCAGGGCAGUGCCAGUGUACAGCUGUACCUGGACAGCACAGGCUCUAGUCUGGACGUGUAUGUGGACAGCACACAGAUCGCGCUGUCUGACAUCGCCAGCGGCAGCAGCAGUCAGUUCAGCGAUGGGGAAUUCCAGCUGAUCACAGAUUCCUCCAGUGGUGCUGUGACUGGGGUAAAGGUCAUCUUCACCUCCGGAAUCUCUGUACAGGUUGAUGCUGGUCUGAACAUGCUGACCUAUGCCGUCUCCAUGACCCCUGACCUGAAGGGUCACAUCAAGGGCAUGCUGGGUAACUUCAACAGCGACAACACCGACGAAUUCUAUUGGCCGAAUGGAACUGCGGUUGCCAUUAGCAAUGCAACAAACCCAGCGGAGGCAGAGACGUUUCCAUGGGGACAGGCCUGGGCAUUACCAAACUACGCUGCAGCUGAGCUGACCACAGAUCCGGCCGACAUCUCGCUGUUCAGCGUUUACCCCGCGGGUCAGACCGCUGCAACCUACGGCAACCUGACCUUUCAACCUCUGUUCUUUGACCUUGACACCAUGUUUGCUACUGAGGCAGACAAGUUGAGAGCUAUCGAGGUUUGUGGCAGUGCCACUGCUAAGGAAUGUCUGUUUGACAUCGCGCUGACCGGGAACGAGGCGGUUGGAGCUGCAGCGGCUGCUGCACUGGAGGCGGUUGCCAGCAGCAACGCUGCUCUGGACAACACCCCGCCUGAGUUUAAUGUGACAUCGGAGGUUCGUGUGACGGUCGGACAGGAGUUCGGCCUGCAGCUGGAGGCUACGGAUGACGGGACCGUCACCAUCUCACUACAGGAUGGGACACCGGGAACUAUCAACGCUACAAACUACUACACAUGGACUCCUACAGACACCACAAAUGUGACUAUUGAGUUCCUGGCUACUGACGAUGCCGGCGCAGCAACACUUGCCUCUCCUGACGUCACUGUCUGCUCCUGUCACAACAACGGCACGUGUAACUGGGAAGCGACCCUCGCUGAGCGGAGUAACGGGUUUGCGGUGGCGUCCUGCAACUGUCUGCUGGGGUUUGACGGGGACGAAUGUGAGACAGACACCGACGGAUGCUCUGUCACACCCUGCUAUCCUGGUGUGAGUUGUACAGACGCCCCUGCCCCUCUGGCAGCAGACUCAGCCGGCUACAUGUGCGGUGCCUGUCCGGCAGGUAUGGUUGGUGACGGUCAGUCCUGCGCCGACCUGAACGAGUGUCUGCUUCUGCCGAACGAGACGGACGCCCAUCAGUGUCAGAACGCCGUGUGUAACAACGAGGCUCCGGGGUACAGCUAUAUUGAUGAGUGCAGUGCAGGUACGCAUGACUGUGAUCCUCAGGCCACCUGUACAAACAUCGAGGCUUCCUUCAACUGCACCUGUAACACUGGGUAUACAGGUGAUGGAAACACCUGCACAGAUAUUGACGAGUGUCAGACCAGUAACGGUGGUUGUGACCGGAUCUGUCUGAAUGUGGAGGGAAGUUACCAGUGUGCCUGUGAUGCCGGCUUCAGACUCACAGACAACAUGCACUCAUGUGAAGAUAUAGACGAGUGUUCCGGUCCGACCCAUGGUUGUACACAGUUCUGUACCAACACUGUGGGUGGGUUUGAGUGUUCCUGUAAGGACUACUACACACUCACUUCUGAUGGGAAGUCAUGCCAAGCUGCCCAGUCCUGUAGUAAUGACACAGCCUGUACCCAGCUCUGUGCUGUCAUUAAUGUAACAGAAGUGUGUGACUGUAUCAGCGGGUACACCCUGGCUCAGGACCUACAGACUUGUGCAGACAUUGAUGAGUGUGCUGCUAACAUGAACAACUCGUGUGAUCCUGUAAAUGGUGCCUGUACAAACACUCCUGGCAGUUAUAACUGUAGCUGUCAGACUGGGUAUCAACUGGAGAGGAAUGGAGGAACACUGUGUGAAGAUAUUGAUGAGUGCAGCACAUCUAACGGAGGCUGCGGACAGGUGUGUGAAAACAGCCCUGGGACCUUCUCCUGUGACUGUAACCAUGGUUACACACUGGGGGCUGAUGGGAAGGCUUGCGAUGAUAUUGACGAAUGUGCCCUGAACACUGACGGCUGUGAACAUGGCUGUACCAACACCAAUGGCUCCUAUGUCUGUUCUUGUCCACAAGGACUCAAACUGGACAAUACUGGCUCCAACUGUGUGGCUGCGGAUGCUUGCCUGAACCGCACCUGCUCACCUGCAGACAUUGCCACCUGUGCAGUCGUAUCAGGUGCAGAGACUUGCAUGUGUGCAGCUGGGUAUGAACUAGGGGCUGACACCACUGUGUGCCAGGACAUCAAUGAGUGCCUUACUGUGUGUAACGGGACUAACAUCGCCUGUACCAACACGGAGGGUUCCCACAGGUGUGGGUGUGUGGCAGGGUUCUACAUGGAAACAGCUGAGAAUGGAGCAAUCAGCUGUGUCGCCACAAAGUCCUUCUCCGGUUCAAUCCGGAUCACCAGUCGGAGCUACACCGCCGACCUUGCUGACCCGACUUCCGCGACCUUCAAAACUCUGGCCGCUUCUGUCAAAACUACGUUGGAUGACUUGUACACGUCCAAACUCGGUGACACUUUCAAGGGCACGGAGGUCGUAGGUUUCAGUAACGGCAGCAUCGUUACCGACUACAUGGUCAACCUGGAGCCCACGAGUACUGAAACGGCCGGCAGUCUGUCCACCGCACUGUCCGAAGCCAUCCAGGACUCCGGCGGCAGCGGGGCGUUUUCAUUUGACCCCAGCAGCAUCAGUGUUACUGAUGUGGACGAGUGCUCCAGCGCAGAUGCUAACAGCUGCCACAUGCAGGCCGCCUGCACCAACACGGAGGGUUCCUACACCUGCACCUGCCUUACAGGCUACACAGAUGCCUCACCUGUGGGCACCAAGUCUGGCUCUGUGUGUGAAGCUGUGCGCCCGGCUGCCCGGGGAAGGACAACACGCUGGCCAUCGCGUUGGGAGUGACCUGUGGCCUGCUGGCCAUCAUCAUUGUCGUCGCUCUGGUCUUCUUCCUCAUGCACAAGAACAAAACUGGAGCAACAAAGAUCACUCCAGUCAGAAGUGCAUCAGAAUAAAAAAAGUACCAAACCACACAACAUUCAUUUUAAAUUCACACUAAUUAGUAGUUCUACAUUUUAAAUAAAUCCUUAAUUGCUAUAAAAUCAUUUUCUUGUAUUUCAAAAAACGUAUGUACUGAGACUUAAAACUAGGGAUUGUUCAGAAGAUAUAUAGGGGAUUAGGCCACACCAAUUAAAUUUCUUGGUUCUCAGGCAAUGUGUAAGUAAAAUUAAAAAUAAGAGGAUAAAAUGAAAACAGAGGGCUGGAAUCAAAACUUGUAUUUGAAUAUAUUCACUCAUUGAAAUUAACAAUGUACAGACUUUCCCCAUAGAAUCUGUCUUCAUGUUAUCUUUCUGUUCAGUAUUUCUUUUGGAUCUGAAACCAGGAAAAUUAAUUGGUUUGGCCCUAUGUGUGCUUGCACUUGUAAUGCCAUGACCAUUUCAGCAGAUUGUAUGAUUUCUGUUUGGUGAAAGACUUUAAGAAGUUAGAACGCUGGAGGUAAAGUUGUAUAAUUCUGUGUGCAAUUUGUCUAUAGUUAAGCCUAUGUGUGACUCAAUAAUAGAUGAAUAAUAUAAUAAGGCAUCGUUUUAUUUUUUUGCUCUCAUAGACUUUUCAAAAUGUUAGUACUAGUAUCCUGCUAUUUUCAUGUAUCAAUGCUUAGCAAGAGCUAUUUUUCCAACUACGUCUUCAAGUUGUUGCCCAGUAACAUUCCCCAUAUGACAGGUUUCUGACAAGCCGAAUGGCUUAUUAUGUGUUGUAAAAAUUCAACUACCUUACAACAGUGCCUAGUCAGGAAAAACGCACAUAAACACUUUUAAU